AUGUCCCGAUUUAAAUCUUAUGUCAAUCCUACUCUAAUCAAAGAUAGUAAAAAUGAUUCAAAUAUUUCCAUUCAAUCCAUAACAUCAUCACCUGGACGGCAUAUAACACAGAUUACCAUUGGAGCCGAUCAUGAUAAUGAUAAACCUCCGAUUCCACCGACGCGUCAUCCGAUGGUCAAUCGUUUAACAUCGAGUAUAGAUGAAUCACUUGUAAAUUUAAGUUUCCUCGGGCAAGAUGCGGAAAUCGAAAAAGAACGUGCUCUGAAUGGUCUUGAUCAAAUAUUUAAUCAAUUUCGUAAACACGUCGAAAAAUGUUAUCGUCACUAUGAACACGAUAUCAAAGUGACUUAUGCCAAUUACGACCAACAUCUGCAGGAGCUGAAAGCACGUUUGAAGCAAGUUCGACAAGAACUGAUUCAAAACUUUACUCCGAAUCUGUCUAAUGACAAUGAUAAUGACGAUUAUGCGUUUGAUGUUGAUAAAUAUCGUUACUUAGAAAUGUUAACUACACAGACACUCAAUCAAACAAUGAAAGACGAGAAAGUGUUGCCGAAGUAUCAUAUGAAACUAAAUCAUCUAGAUCGAUUAGAUCAACAUUUCUUUAUUCAAUGUGAUCAGAAACCUUCGAAAAAACUCGCUCAUACAGAUCGUUACGAUAACGAUGAUUCGUCUAGAGAUAUUACACCAAUAGCGCGAAGUUUAUCACUUGAAACAUCUACAUCUACAGAUGUAACCGAUGAAUAUGAUAACGUUUCGAAAGCUGAUUGUGGUCAAUACCACGUCUCGUUACACAAUGCAUCCAAAACUCCAUUGAUUAAUUUAGAAAAAUGGAGUUAUCCACUUGGUUUCGGUAACUAUUUUAUUCCGCUUCUAACUCCAUAUCGUCAAGGUUCAUUAUUGAUAUAUUGUCUCAAUCGCGAAGCAUUUGUUUGUUAUGAUUCGCAAUCCUUAGUAUCUCUUCCCACAACAAUCAAAUGGCUUGGAACGCGACCGUCAGCUGUUUAUUGGUUCGACGAAAUGAAUAUGUUAUUUGUGGCUUGUCGUACACAUAUUUAUGGCUGUUACGUGGAUGAUAAAGUUCCCGACACUCAACGAAUUCACAUUCGAAUACCGAUCGAGCAAACGACAACUUGGUCAGAUACUCAAGGUCAUCUAUGUUGGCCAAACUUUCUCACCUGCGGUGGUGCAACUGAUCGCCUCCUGUAUGCUUACUGGACAGAUACGGUUAAUAAAACAGCAACACCGUCAACGUCGUUUAUAUAUUAUCAAAUCACAGGAAAUAAUUUCCUAAUCAAAUCUCAAUUCCUAAUCGAUGGUCGUCUACGUGCAUUGCAUUCGACAAUCGAAACUCAACGUCUAGGCUUAUUAAUUGAACACAUCACUAAUCAAUGUACACAUUUAGAAAUUCGUACCGCCAAAGAGUUUACUCUUCUCGCUAAGUUCGAAUUGCGUACAACAUACGAACAGUUUCGUUACGGUUGUUGUCUAACGAAUUUGUUUUUCACUUCAAAUUCGUACAUUCUAUGUGAUCAUAAGCAACAACAAUUAUGGCAUGUCAAUGGAGAUACAGGUGAUAUUAAAGUUAAACACAUGAAUGAACCAAUUUAUAGUGUAACUUGUUUAUUAGAUGGUACAUUAGCAAUGUUAACAGGUACACCGAUGAGAUUCGACUUUAUCUAUGAUCCAAAUGAUACGGGAAUUAUUUUAAAAGAUCUUUUUCAUGAAGAAGAAUCCAUUGAAGUGUAA